AUGCCUACAUUUUCUGAUUCUUUCUGGUCGGCAGACUAUGCUGGAGGACUUGGUGUUCUCUUUGAGAAACUCCAACAGGGUGUUGCCGAGAACCAACAAAUGCUAAUGAUUGCACGAAUGCGUGCAGAAGCGGAAGAAACAUACGGCACAAAACUCGGAGAAAUUGAGAUUGCGGCUGACAAGAUCUCGGGAGGCUUCUCACGGGAUGACGGGGCAAGUGUAAAAAAGGCCUACGACGGUCUCCGGAUGGAGAUGAACGAAGCAUCAACAAGCCACCGAAAGAUAGCACAAAGCAUACGAGAUCUUGUAGUGACUCCCUUUACGCGAUGGUGUGACUCUCAUGAAACACGAGUUCAGAGUUGUCAAGAUGAUCUCCAGUCCCGUAUUAAGAUGCACGAUAAGCAGGCCGAGAGUGUGAAGAAGCUUCGGAGCCAAUAUUUUACCAAAUGUCGGCUUGUGGAGGAUAUCGAGGAAGAAAAUAAGAUGGCUUUUCAGGGAGAAACAAGCCCGAAAUCCGUUCCGGAAAUAAAAGUCUCGGAAAAAGAGGACGAAGCAGUUGAAGAACCCGUUGAAAUUGGAGAUGAAAUUAUCCAACCCGACCAGCUCAAAAAAAUAUUGGCACACAUGCUCACAACCAUUAAUCUUGGUGAGACAAAAGUAGCUAUCCUCGGGACAUAUCAAAACACAAGUUGUGGUUCCGAAAUUGUCGAAUAUCUCCAAAAGCACAUGGCAGCAACUAGCAUUAGUCAUGCUGAACGUAUUGGCCAGGAUUUGAUCACGAAUGGAUUUCUACGGCUUAUUGGGAAUGUGGGAAAUAUUUUCGCAAAUAGCUCCAAGAUGUAUUACCAGUGGAAACCAAAAGCUUUUCAAUGGAGCGGAGUUAUUGAAAAAAAGCAACAACUAAAUCGUACAUUUACCAUGGGCUCUCAUUUAGACUCGACCGAUUCAUUAGUAGUUGGCACUGUCACGGAGUAUUUAGCAGGUUGGAAUCCUCUCAGUAAUCAGUAUCCUAAUGAAACGCCGGGAGAUCGUCUACGAAGAGAAGCUGCCGAAGCGGACAUCAAAUAUAAAGUAGGGGUUAAAAAAUUAGAUCAACUUAGAUGUAAACUCGAGGAAGCUAUUUUUGAGAACCUUCGCUACUUAGAGCGAUGCGAACUGGAUAGGCUAAGGGCCAUGAAGACCAUAAUUCUUGAUUUCUCGGGGACCAUUGGUAAUGUCAUUCCCAGCUUACAAGCAUCAGUAGACAAAAUGAUGUUAUACCAAGAAACCAUUCAGCCAGUCGGAGAUUUACGAUACCUUUUAGAGAACUAUCGUACUGGCUGUUUUACUCCCAAGGUAGUAGUUUACGAAAACUAUUAUAAUUCGGCUAGUGAGCAAACCUUUGGAGUCGAUCUCGAGGCUCGUGCUCGUGCUGAAAAGAGAAAAGUUCCUAUGAUUGUUACCACAAUCUUAGAGUUUCUUGAUCAUCACUACCCAGACUUGGAAGGAGAUGAAGCUCGCAGAAAUGUCUGGCUUAUUGAUGUUCCACUUCAUCAAACUCACAAACUGCGAGAUGUGCUCAAUACUGGGGAUUUGGUCACGGCUGAAAAUCUAGAACCCUUUGGAAUACCUGUUAUAGCUAGUGUUCUGAAACUCUACCUGCUUGAACUUCCAGAUUCUUUGGUCUCUGCACAUGUCUAUGAAGUCAUGAAAACAAUUUACUCCACACCUGCGUCACAAUCGGCUAACGAGACCCGCAUUUCGGUACUUCAAAAUACACUUCAACAAUUGAGACUUUCAAAUAUUGCAACACUUGAUUUACUUGUUCUUCACUUUACUAGACUCCUCGAGCUCACCUCGGCCGACGAAACAUAUAUAUCUGCGCUUGCCACAGUCCUAGCUCCUUGUGUUCUUAGGCCAAAGGUUGAGACAUCUUUAACAUUAGAAGAAAAAUGCUCCUACCGCCUCAUUUUAGAUCUCUUUUCUCACAGAGACAGUAUCUUUCUGGAUUUAAAGAGAGCUUCCUAUCUCUCUUCUAGUAUCAGUCUUGAUAGUAGGCCAAGGGCAAUCAGCAGUGAUGAGAGUAAUCGUAAAGCCAACAUGGAAGCUCGUGCUCGUGCAAUUAUUGCUGCUGGAGGUAGUUCCCGGAGCAGAGCUACAAGUCCAGCGCCAGCCCGUGGGCAUCGUAGAGACCGUAGCUCUGCAGGUCCCGAGACUAGAUUUCCCAUCCAAACGUCGCCAACCGAUCAGAGGACACCUAGAUCCACGGCAAGGCACAGUCUUGAUGUCCCGAUAGGGUUCGAUGUUCUUUCUUCAGGGGAUACCAUUCCCACCCCAACUACUGCCACAAUUUCACAAUCAAUAUCAAAUGGAAUAGAAAUUGCGCAUACAAGCGCAACUUACAUUCCUGGCUUAGAUGACACAUUAGAUGGAAUUAGUGUAGAAAAAAGAAAUAGCCUUGGUCGAUCAAGUCAUAAUCACAUCUCCGGUAGGUUUUCAGCUCGAAAACCAGCUGGCUUAGCACGCAUGAGCAUCAGUCAAGAACAUGGUAAAAGAACUAGCCUCGCAAGCCUAAACGGGCUCAGCGAUGAUUACACUGCCCCCUCGUCACGGGUGGGCAUCAACCUUACGGAUAAGCCGAUGGGCGACUAA